AUGGCUACAUCUCAGAUAUUGACAAUCAGACAAUCAAAGAAACCUCAGAUGAAUCUUCAGGCACAGUCGGCAUUUUUUACCCUCCUCAAUGAGGACAUCCGCAACCUGAUCUACCAGUAUCUAUUUGGUUGUAGGGCAUACAAGGAGGGCAUCGGCACGCUUUACUCAACCAACGUCUUCAAGUUUAGCCAAGACGCCGGUCUGGAUAGAUGGAUGGAUAGUAUCAAGGUACUGCGGUGGGAUCUCAUCCGCAAGGUCGACCUGCGUAUUCCCCUCGCAGUGGACCUAUGGCGGUGGGAACAAACAUGGGAGAAACUUCGCGCCAUGCCAUAUCUGAGAUCCGCGAAGCUGCGCUGCGAGAACAAAAUGAAACUUGUUUAUCAACUGUCGGGGCGCCUCACUUGCGAGAUAAAGGACCCCUUUAAGAGAGAGGAGUUCUUCCUUCCCUGGGCUCUCAAUCCGAUGCUGUGGCCGAGGAUGAGCGACGAGAUCACCUUUGAGAUCCUUUUCAACGUCGAGAAGAGGAAGACUUUGGGGAUUCUACUUAAGGAGCUGAGGGCUCGGGAGAUGCGGGGGAUAAGGAUCGGAUGGGUCACCUGGGCUGAAUUUGAGGAAAUCAGCCGAAUUGUCGACGCUGCCAGACCGCUUGACUUGGCUGGACCAGAGGAACUCAAACGGCUUGAUUUGUUAAAAGCAACAGUAGCAGCAGCAGAGCCGAUUAUAGAGUGGGAGGUGGUAUAG